CUCACUCAUCUCCAAGCCUCAACCAGUCAGCACGGACUCAUCCUUUUCACAAUGCCUGCCGGAAUCUUCAACUCAACCUACUACGGCAAAGACUACCGCGCCGGAGCGGCUCUUCUCCGUGCCCGUCGUCCGUAUCUGUUCAAGAAUGCCUUGACCGGUCUGGCCUUGGUGUCUUUUACCCUUAGUGUUUACGCCUACACCAUCCGCGCCGUCGGACAGGAUGAGUUCUCGGACGUGAAGGUUCCCGAUGAGCCGGCUAAGAAGCAAUAA